CUUUGCCAACUUCAGUGAAAAUAGUGUUGUUGUUUUUUUUCUUACUUAAAUUAUUAAUCAGUCAUCAAAAUUGUCUCUCCACAGGUGUAUCAGAGUCUGCGUCUCGUCGCAGGAAGUGCGUGCGGCCGGGCGUCGCUGUCAGUCCGUGGAAAUCGGCCUACAUAAGACAACACCGUAUAGAGAACAACUGGAGGAAGGGGGACACACGAGAACCCGCGGUGUUGAAAGGUCACGAUGAUCAUGUGAUCACGUGUCUCCAGCUCAGCGGCGACCUGAUUGUCAGCGGCUCCGACGACAACACGCUCAAAGUCUGGUCCGCCAUCACUGGCAAGUGUCUGCGGACGUUGACGGGUCACUCCGGCGGCGUGUGGUGCAGUCAGAUGGCGGUCGCCACGGUGAUCAGCGGCUCCACCGACCGGACGUUGCGUGUGUGGGACGCCGAGACGGGCGAGUGUGUCCACACGCUGUAUGGACACACGUCCACUGUGCGCUGCAUGCAUCUUCACGGCAACCGGGUGGUGUCGGGCUCUCGGGACACGACGCUGCGCGUGUGGGACGUGUCGACGGGCCGCUGCGAGCACGUGCUGACGGGCCACGUGGCGGCGGUGCGCUGCGUCCAGUACGACGGGCGCCGCGUGGUGUCGGGCGGCUACGACUACAUGGUGAAGGUGUGGGACCCCGAGACGGAGGCGUGUCUGCACACACUGCAGGGACACACCAACAGAGUGUACUCGCUGCAGUUUGAUGGCAUGUUUGUGGUGAGCGGCUCGUUGGACACUUCUAUCAGAGUCUGGGACGCAGAGACAGGUGGGUGUGUCCACACGCUGACGGGCCACCAAUCGCUGACCAGCGGCAUGGAGCUGCGUGACAACAUCCUGGUGUCCGGCAACGCCGACUCAACCGUCCGAGUGUGGGACGUCAGGACGGGACAGUGUCUUCACACACUGCAAGGUCCCAAUAAGCACCAGUCGGCCGUGACUUGCCUGCAGUUCUGCCGAGGUCUGGUCCUGUCCAGCUCCGACGACGGGACGGUCAAACUGUGGGACCUGAAGACCGGGGCCUGGCUGAGAGACGUGGUGGCGCUGCAGAGCCGGGGAUCAGGUGGAGUUGUGUGGCGAAUCAGAGCGUCCGACACUCGGCUGGUGUGCGCCGCCGGCAGCAGGAACGGGACGGAGGAAACCAAACUGCUGGUGCUGGACUUCGACCUGGACGACAAGAAGAAAGAGACGGACUGAGAAGAAGGACAGAGUGAUGUCAUCAGAGACAAGAGGACAGAAAUGGCGAUGCCAGACUUUUUUCUUUUUUUUUUACCAAUGUCAUGGCAACGUCCAGUUUCUCCAACAGUCCGACAUGAAUGUUACAACAUAUCCUGAUAAACGGACACAUUAAAGAGGACAGCUGGGCGGACAGAUAGACAAACUUAAAUCUGGAUGCUCGCUGUGAAUGAUAAGAUAAAUAAAGAUAAAAGUUUAAGGUUAAUAAAUAAAAUGGCUGCGCUGACACGGACGGCGCCAAAUGGACCGUACAAAAUGGCUUCCAACGUGGCGGCCUCGGCCUGGCGGGAGCUGUGGCGACAGAAGAAUGCUUUUGACCCCUUGACGGACAGAAACAUGGAUGUUAAUGUUUUCCGCGAUGGUGGUCGAAUUGAACUGACGGAGGAUGCAACGACGAGGGCAUUGACUUUUCUUUGCUGCUGAACCAAUGAGGAGGUCAACGACGCUAUUUAAACAAACCAACAUGCAACAUGCUCGGGCAACAUGCAACGGGCAACAUGCUCAACAUGAAUGUGAAGACAGUAAUCAGAAAUCAGUCAGUAUUGUUUUUCAUACCAGCAGCCAUUUUCAGUUGGCUUGUUUUUUGUUUAGUUGCCGGUGAAACUUCCCGUCUCUGUUGCCUCUAAAUGUACUUUGUGUGUUUCGGCCCUGCAGUACUGUAACAUAUGGAGUGUUUGGAGCUGUACAAGAGCCGGUGACGGCGCAAGAAACGUCAACUCAGCGGGUGAAACCGUGAAUGUUUGGGAAUAAAAGUUUCCCAUUAGGCAGAGAGGGAGGACUAAACUGUAUAAUCCAGCCACCGCCAGAGCCUCACAUCUCUAAAGAGAGUCCAAACAAUCCCUCACUUUCAGUCAAGCUUUACAGACGACCUUUUUUAUAGUAAAAAACAUUACUGUAAAGGCAGAGGAGGAUUAUUUUUACUACUCCAAGCUGCUUGUCACCUCUGUAAAAGUUUACUGCGCGCUAAAUCACUCACAGACCCACACGAUUCUGUGAGUUAUAGUGCAGUUUUGCUCAUAAUAUGUCACAAAUCCUCAGUAUUCCUGCCAAAAGUGAAGUUAAAUGCAGAACAAUGUGUUUAAAAGUACAGACGGCACAGACGACUCCUUGGUUCUGCCUUUUCACAGACGGCCUUUUGAUGUCACAGCAGGAAACGCACAGGUGGAAAUUAUGACAUGAAUGAUGGCUGAAUAACAUGUAGCUGCUUAAGUUACACUUGAAUAUAACGGAGACAGUGUUAAUGUCAUCAGUAACGCCUGUGUCCAUCAGAUCUGUAACUGAACACUAAAGACUCGACUAGUUUCAAUCAGUAAUCAAAUGUUUUCGUUUAAAAGGUGUUAGAUUGUUCAGCUAAAUGUAAAAUAACAUUUAUCAAAAUGUAAAACAACUAGAAACAACUAGUCGUUUGCUAUAAAACUGCUUUAUAUGUUUUAUUUUCCUACAAUCUUUAGUGAAAAUCAACUGAACACUGAACUGAAUCUGUGAGAAAAGCAGGUUUAAGGAACCGCCCUUACUCUUAAACCUGCUUUUAAAAAUAUUUUUACUUAUUCACUCACUUUUUCCGCAUAUUUCUGUUACACGUUUUUGCUCAUUAUUUAACUCCGUAUACUCAAUAUUCAGAAAGACUACAGAAACAACCGGAGGAACCAAACUACUUAUACAGAAAGUCUUAGGAAGCGCAGAAAGGCCAUUGAAUCUAACCACUUGUGACAUUUAAUCACUACUUAACAUUUAAAUGUUGAAAUGUAAAUACCACUUAAUUUAAAGAAUGUUUAACUUUGAAAAACAUCUGAAUUUAUGUGAUUUGUGAAUUUCAAAAUGUAACUUUGUAAAAUUGCAGAACAAUUGCAAACGUUAUUAUUUUUUGGUUAUGGGGUUAUUUUUCAUAAUUAAAUAUAAUAUUGUAAUUAUUUUGGCCUUUCUGUGCUUCCAUAGAAGAUUUAUUUCUUCUGUUCUAAGCUGUUUUUUUCUUCAUGUGUCUCCAAAGAGUCACUCCUCAUGUUUUCCAGCUUGUGAAAUAUAAAAAAAAAAGAUAAAUAAUUUAAAACAGCUCCUUCUACCAGAUAUUAAUCCGAUAAACUGUCGUUGCCCGGCAACAACUCCAGCCAAUAAGCAGAGGUUUGGGUGAUAUUUCCCCCAGCAACAGGUGGUAUUUUAGGCGGUGAUUUUCCUGUAAACUUGACCUUUGCAGGUGUGAGGCUCUGCAGAGGCGUCCUGAUCACAUUAUCAUGUAAAAUACUGUAAAUACAAAGAGGAUGUAAAUAUUCAGCUUUUUAUAAGAAGAAAAUAUUGUUCUUGAUGGGAAGAGGAGGGAGGGGAUGAAUUAUGGAUCAAUAAAGAUGAGUUUUAUAAA